GUGAACUUCAGCCCGCAGUCGAACUCUGCUUCCGAGUACAAGGCCUCCCUCCAGACGAUGGGCAACAUCAUUCGCAUGAGGUUCCUUAAGUCCCGGUUCAGGAACAAGUUCAUCUUCUGGCUCCUAGGUUGGAAACAUGAACAGGACAAGGCGUUAACCUCACUGCACUCAUUUACCCGGUCGGUGAUAAGGGAGAAGAAGAUGCUUCUAAAGAAAGGCAAAUCGAGCAUGUUCAGUGAAACACCAAGCAAGAAGCGUUUGGCAUUCCUGGACCUGCUGCUGUCCAGCGCGAAGGAUGGAACUGUUUUGACUGACGAAGAAAUCCGCGAGGAGGUGGACACAUUCAUGUUCGCGGGCCACGACACUACAUCAUCAGGAAUCACUUGGGCGCUGUUUAACAUCGGCAGGAUGCCGGAGGUGCAGCGUAAGAUCCACGAUGAACUGGACGAAGUCAUGGCCGGACGCGACACACCGCCGACUAGAGACGACCUGGCCCAGAUGAAGUAUCUGGAAUGGACCAUCAAGGAAUCGAUGCGCGUCUGCCCUCCCGUGGCCUCCUACUCCCGAACGCUGUCCGAGGCGGCUCAGAUCCUGGGCUACGAAGUGCCGGCGGGCACGAACGUACUCUUCUUCCCGCACAUGAUCCACCGUGACCCGCGCCACUGGCCCGACCCGGACCGGUUCGAGCCGGACCGGUUCCAGCCGGAGCGCUCCGCCGGCCGGCACCCCUACAGCUACCUGCCCUUCUCGGCCGGGCCGCGCAACUGCAUCGGCCAGAGGUUCGCGCUCAUGGAGGAGAAGGCCGUCAUCUCGGCCGUGCUCAGGGAGUUCCGCAUCGAGUCGCGCCGCCAGUACGACGAGAGCAUGAUGAACGUCUGCCUCACGCUCCAGAGCAAUGGCCCCGUCGAAAUCCGGUUCGUUCCGCGUGACCGCGAGUGACUCUCGGGGGUCGUUCUCAGCACUAUGUGUGCCUCGAGGAGGUGUACUCGGUGUCAUGUCUUGGUGCCUACAUUUGAAGGGAGUAGGCUUGAUGAAUCGAAGAAAAAAAGUUGUUAAAAAGGUUUUCAGCCCGUUGGAUGUGGACGCCUCGCGCUGAAAUGGCAUUCAGCUGUCGCUGAACUGGUACGUGUGAUCACGAACAGCCGUCAAGUUUUACGACUUC